AUGGCAGCGGCAGCGGCCCUGGCUGGACUCCAGCCAGAAGCCAAUUGUUCCAUCUGUCUGGAGGGCCUGAGAGACCCCGUCACCAUGGAGUGCGGGCACAACUUCUGCCGCUUCUGCAUCCAGCGGUCCGUCCUGGGCUCACCUGGAAGACAGGUUCCCUUGCCCCGUGUGCCGCCACCAGUGCCAAGAGCGGCCGGUGAGGAGCAACACCCAGCUGGGCAGGAUGAUCCAGGCGGCCAGGCUGCUCCCGAGCAGCUAGAGCAACCGGAGGAGGAGCGAGGAGCCGCGCCUGGCCACUUGGUGAGGCCGGUGGGCGAGGCCGCGGCUGACCACCGGCAGAGGCUCGGCGCUCACGUGGAGCCUUUGAAGAGGCGGGUGGCAGAUGCCCACAGCCUGGUGGCCGCGCAGGACAGACAGCUGCCGGAGCUGCGGGAGCUGGUGCCGCGCCAGCGGCUGGAUCUGGCCUCGGAGCUCCGGCAGCUGAGCCGGUCUGUGGACCGCGAGCAGGAGGCCGUCGUGGCGAGGCUGGUCCAGGAGGAGCAGGACAUCCAGGAGCAGCUGGGCGUCAACAUCACCGCCUUCUCAGACCACAUCUGCGAGCUGCGGGGCCUCCUGCAGGAGGUGACAGAGAGAAGCGUGCUGCCUGGAGCCAGGCUGCUGAGCGGCAUAGGGGGCGUCCUGGGCAGGUGCGAGCGUCUGAAGUGCCCCGACGUCUACUCCUUCCAGCUGAGGCGGGAAGGCUGCAGCCUGCCCCCGCAGCCCUCGGCUCUGCAGAAAAUCAUUCAGAAGUUCCGGGAGGACGUGACCCUGGACCCCGAGACAGCGCAUCCCAACCUGCUCGUGUCCGAGGAUAGAAAGUCGGUGACGUUUGCGAGGAGCAGGCAGCUUUUUCCCCCAAGAGCGCAGACAUUCUGCACGGAGCCUGCGGUGCUGGGCUCAUUGGGCUUUGCCAGCGGCAGGCGGUACUGGGAGGGGCGGGUGGGCGGGGCCGCGUGGGCCGUGGGCGUCUGCGCAGACUCCGCCUCCAGGACCGGCGCUGGGCGCCUGGAGGGACAGAGACGCCUCUGGACUCUGGGGCUGCGCGGAGGGGAUUGUGAGGCCCGCGGGCCGGGGGGCGCCGUUCCCCUGGAGCUGAAGGAGGAGUCUGGCGGGAUCGGUGUGUAUCUGGACUGUGAGUUGGGCGCGAUUUCCUUCUACAGUUGGAAGGACAGGUCCCACAUCCACUCUUUCACCGAUAAAUUUUCUGAGAUCCUAAAGUCCUAUUUCUCUCUAUCGGAUGCUAUACUCAACCUCUUACAAUCUAAGCAGUAA